CUUCGCUGCGAGUGCGACACAAGAUGCCACCAUCAACACCCACACCCGACCACCUAAUUAUAGUCUGCUGCCACGGUAUCUGGACAGGCGGACCAAGCCGCGGCGCCGACGAAGCUGAGUGGCUCAUCGCCGACUUCCAAGCUGGGGAGACACCAACCUUCAUAGAACAUAUCAAAGCCGGCCUAACCUGUCUCCGGGAUGAUCCGCAUGCCGAGCUCGUCUUCUCAGGCGGCCCAACAAGGACAGAGACUCGUCGUCUCUCCGAAGCACAGAGCUACGCCAACCUCGCCUCGUCCAACGCCUAUUUCAACAUCCUCCCCGCCGAAGAUGCGGCAAACCGCAUCUUCGUGGACGAACAGGCGCUUGACUCAUACCACAACGUCCUAUUUCCCUUGGUUCACUUUUGGCGACGCCGCGGAAGGGUCGGCUCGCCUUCUUGGCCCGGUAGACUCACGGUCGUCAGCCACGCCUUCAAGCGCCCGCGGAUCGUUCAGGGUCACUGCGCGGCCAUCGGGUUCCCGCUCGACAGGGUCGAGUUUGUCGGCGUUGACCCUCCGGGGAUGGUCCCCGCGGCCGACGGCGAAGUGGCAAAGACCGGUGCAAUUGCGGGAGUCCAACGCGCAGUGGAUCAGUGGACGGCUGAUCCGCAUGGUGUGGGGCCGGUGUUGGCCGGGAAAAGGGCAAGUAGGAACCCCUGGGGCGUUAGUCAAUGGCUCUUUGUUUCGCGGGAGGAAAGGGCGCGGAGCGGGCUUUUGACGAGAAUGUUGGAUGAUGGAGGGGAGGCCCUGGUCGAUGGGGAAGUGAGACCGUGGGCUUAAGCAGGUCCACGAAUGCAUGCAGAUAUUCAUAGACGAUCGUGCAUGUAUUAAUAUUAAGUGCAGCGCCGUCUAGAUCUUCGACCGACCCUCAUCACCUGCAGUCCUAGAGCCUGACUCUGUCGCAGAUGUAUCAGCUACGGGAGCGGACUCCACCUCGUCAAGCAAGAA